UGAAGAGCGCCGCCGUUCACUACGGACCCCUCAUCCGAUCCCCCUCUCCCCAGGAACGCGCGCGGCUGUAACUUUUGCCGGCCUGAGAAGACAUCGCGGAUUCGGCUGAACGACGAACCGUAUCCCUGCCAUGAAGCAUCCGGCGUCCAUCUCUCUCGUCCUCGUGCUCCUCCCCCUCGCAGUCACGACGGCGUCUGCGGCCGCCACGGCCGGCGGCGCGGCCAAUUACCUCGUCUACGUCGACCCCCAUCCCCCGGGCGUCGACUGCCAGAAGUACCAGCUCGGCAUCCUCGCCGCCGCCCUCGGCGGUGAGGAGAAGGCGAAGGCGGCGAUGGUGUACAACUACAGGAACGUCAUGAGCGGGUUCUCGGCGAGGCUGACGCCGUCGGAGCUGGAGGCGCUCAAGAAGCAACCUCAAGUGAACCGGGUGCUGCCGAGCGCGACGCUCUCUCUGAUGAGCAGCAACUUCGACGGCGUCAGCUAAUUUCAGCCCUGCCGGCGGCCAAUCUCUUCCAUCGCCAACCCAAAAAGGAAGCACCUCUCCUUUUCUUGUGGGUGCUGAUGAUAUGUGCUGGCUUUAUUUCUGUCGAUAAUCACGUGUGAAUCUCAAUGCGAUUAUUACCGUGUUGGGCAACCUUAUUUUGUGAUUUACCGUUCUUGUGAUCUGGCUUAAAUGGCCAUGUGAUUUGUAAUUUUUUUUCCUCGAAUAUACAAAAGAUUUGCGCAUCUUUGUAAUUAAGGUAGAAAUGUUUGUUACAAACAACGCGUUUCUGGCGAGCGCCCUAGGAGGUCUAUAGGAUUAGAGCCGUGGGCUGGACCAUCCUAGCAUAGAGAAACAGAUUUCAAUAUUACAUAAAUGAAGAACACUAGCGUCUCGACGUUGGAAGCGUUGCGCUCGGUCUCGGUCCUUAUAGGCCUUCAUCGCUGA